CCCCCCCCCCCGCUCCGUUUUCCGUCUCUGUAACUAUAAAUCUUCAAUUCUCCCCUCAUCUCUGCACAAUUGACAAUUCUGAUGGCCCAACCAGCCAGCCACGUCUCACCUCCAUUGAAGGACGAGCUUGACAUAGUCAUCCCUACCAUCAGGAAUUUGGAUUUCUUGGAGAUGUGGAGGCAAUUCUUUCAGCCUUAUCAUCUUAUCAUAGUCCAGGACGGAGAUCCGACCAAUAACAUUCGCGUACCCGAUGGGUUCGAUUACGAGCUCUAUAAUAGGAACGAUGUCAAUCGGGUUCUUGGACCCAAGGCCAAUUGUAUCUCUUAUAAAGACUCCGCUUGCCGGUGCUUCGGAUUCUUGGUUUCCAAGAAGAAAUAUAUCUUCACAAUUGACGAUGAUUGCUUUGUGGCCAAGGAUCCAAGCGGAAAGGAAAUAAAUGCAUUGGCACAGCACAUACAGAACUUGCUAACUCCAUCGACACCGUUCUUCUUCAACACUCUGUAUGAUCCAUACAGAGAAGGGGCGGACUUUGUAAGAGGGUACCCAUUUAGCUUGAGAGGAGGAGCGUCUACUGCCAUUUCUCAUGGGCUUUGGCUCAAUAUCCCUGACUAUGACGCCCCAACUCAGCUCGUCAAGCCUCUUGAGCGCAACACCAGAUACGUGGAUGUUGUUCUGACGAUCCCAAAGGGCACAUUAUUCCCAAUGUGUGGAAUGAACCUUGCUUUUAACAGGGAGCUGAUUGGUCCUGCCAUGUACUUUGGACUCAUGGGUGAUGGUCAACCCAUUGGCAGAUAUGAUGAUAUGUGGGCUGGCUGGUGUGCCAAGGUAAUCUGUGACCAUUUGGGUCUUGGGGUGAAAACAGGGUUGCCAUACAUUUGGCAUAGUAAAGCAAGCAACCCAUUUGUCAAUUUGAAGAAGGAAUACAAAGGCAUAUAUUGGCAGGAAGACAUUAUCCCAUUUUUCCAAUCUGUUGUCCUCCCAAAAGAGUGCACAAAUGUGGUGAAAUGUUAUAUUGAGCUUUCCAAACUGGUUAAGGAAAAGCUUGGCACUAUUGAUCCUUACUUCCACAAACUCGGUGACGCCAUGGUUACCUGGAUUGAAGCCUGGGUGGAGCUUAAUUCACCGGCACAAUGAGCUUCAGCUCAGCCUAAUGGUACAAACAAAGAAUAAGCCCUUUACUUUUUCCUUGGCAGCUAGACAGCAUAUCUUAUCUUGCGACUUGUGCUGUUCCAAUGAUGUGUACUCGUUUGCUCUUAUGCUUCUUCAUGUCAUGCCGAGUUUGUUACUUUAUUUGUAUGUAUGAUCGAAUUCAGAUAGUUAUGUUAUUCUUUACAUGAUUCUGAUGCCUUUGGGCUGUGUUUUUGAAUAGAGGAGCUUUGAGAUGGAAAGACUUUCAAUUUUAUUUUUACUGUUAAUCAUUCAAAAAAGGAUAUAGUACACUGAAAUUUGAAUGGAA